GUACUUUCUCCGCAGUUCCAUGAAACCUUGGAAACACUUGCUCCUUGCCUAUUCCUGUGGAUCUUCAAAAUCAGAACAACUCCUACCAUGCUUCUGCAAUACAUAAUGCUAUCAGGGAUGCCUUUGCAGCAUUUCAUGGCAACAAAGCUUUGGUGAAAAAGUUUUUGAAGCCACUGUUGGUUGGGGAGUUGGCACCAGAUCAACCUACUUUUGAACCCAGCAAAAAUGAAUCGCUUAUUAUGGAUUUUCGUGAGCUAUGCACAACUGUAGAGAAGAUGGGACUCAUGAAAGCCAACAUUUCCUUCUUCGUCGCCCUCCUCUUUCAUAUCCUAGUGCUGGAUAUUGCAUCCUGGCUCACUCUCAUGUAUUUUGGGACAUCUUUAUUACCCUUUGUUGCUUCAUUAGUUUUGCUUACUAUAUCCCAGGUCCAGGCCGCAUGGCUCCAGCAUGAUUUGGGGCAUCUUUCUGUCUUCCAGAAGGCAAAAUGGAACCACUUGCUCCACAAAUUUGUGAUGUGCCAUCUUAUUGGGGCUUCAGCCAAGUGGUGGACUCUCCUGCACUCUCAACAUCAUGCAAAACCCAACUGCUACUCCAAGGAUCCAGAUAUGGAUAUUCACCCUUUCUUGUUUACUUUGGGAAGAUCCCUCUCUGUGGAACUUGGGAAGAAGAAGAUAAAGUACAUGCCUUACAACUAUCAACAAAAAUACUUCUUCAUCACUAUGCCACCGCUGUUGUUUCCUGUCUUCUUCCACUAUCACACCUUCUACAUUGCCUUCAAGAAGAAAUUUUGGGCAGAUCUAGUUUGGCAGUCCUCCCAUUUUAUCCGGCUGUACUUUGUUCAAGCAUACCUACUAGGACCAAUGGGUUUUAUGCUAUACUACGUCUUAUUCAGGAUGUUGGAAAGUUCUUGGUUUGUCUGGGUAUCUCAAAUGAGCCACAUUCCCAUGAAUAUUGAUUAUGAUAAGAACUUGGACUGGGUCUCCACACAGCUAGAGGCAACCUGUAAUGUUCACCAAUCCUUCUUCAACGACUGGUUUACUGGGCACUUGAAUUUCCAGAUUGAACACCAGUAA